AUCGUUUUUGUCUUACUCAUGAAUUUGUGUUUUACAGAUCGUAUUUCAACUUUUUUAGGAUAUUUUUAAAUUACUCAAAAAUAUGAGUGCUAUUGUAAAACUUGCAUUUAUUUCUGCAUUAGUUGUGUUGCAGUUAAAUACACAAGUCAAAGCAAGUACUGUAUGCAACUCAGUCACGUGUACAGACAGAAGAGCUUCUAUCCAUUACAGAGGAUACAACACACUAUAUAGCAGUAUUAGAGCUAUUAGGAGUUUAACUGGACGAACAACAAUCACAAUUUACUUGAAAAAUAUUCAGAAUUUUCACCCUGGUAUUACGUACUUUCAAAUCCAAACAAUUGGCAAAUACAACAACUAUUAUUCGAUUAUUACAUCACAAGACAGAGUCAUUACAUUGGAAGACACUGAACAAGUCUCUUUCCAUGUUAUGUUAUGGGAUAACAUACAAUAUGACAUUGAGUAUUAUAUGGAUUGCGAAGUGGCGAAAGGUAAAAGCGUCACUGUACAAGUCCCUAAGCCUGUCGAAGCUCGUUCCACACAAUACCAAUCGGCAUGGGACCAAUACUGGGGCGUCCAGCCCCAAGUAGUGACCCCUCCAAGGUGCUGGAUCAUUUUACCCACAAUGCGAAAUGAAACAGUACAACUUUCAACUUGGGACCAGAUGUUUCAGAGCUAUUACAACUUCCCUACUUAUUACAAUACGAGGGUUGGACAGACUGCAGCUAUGGAAGUACAUAAGACUUUUGUGACUUUGAACAACAUAAACUUGAGAGCGGACACAGCAAUUAAUGUAACAAGUGUAUUUACAGAUAACACAGUUAUGGGUGCUACUACCGACACCCCAAUGGCUCUUGUGUGGGUGAAUAGGCACAACAGACCAGCAGGUUUAGAUGAUGGUACCGUAGUAUCAAGUAUGAUAUUGGUUGACCUCUUAUGUGACAAUAAUACAGGAUGUGACCAAGCACAAUUUACAAUGACUACAACUGCAAUGGGAGAAGCAGAUGUUAACUGUGUUCGGAGAGAACAAUACUGUAACUACAACAUAGGAAACAUGACAACAACGUGCGAAAACCAGGUCAUUCUACCACCAGAACUAGCGCUAGCAACAGCUACAGUUGACCAGCUCAGUUCAACUACAUGUCCUGCUUACCAAGAAGUUUUAAACCAACUCUCAACCACUGUUAACAGCCUUCCUGAACCAGAAUUAGACACAGAGGGAAGAAAUUGGUACGCAGGGUGUCAAUCAUAUCAAUACUACUGUAACAGAAGAAAUUGCUAUGGACUUACCAACGCCUGCCAUUACUAUUGUUAUGUGAUAAAGAUGCGGUACUGCAGUUCUGUACAAAGCAGAGUGUUUGCCUAAGUUCUGUACAAACCAAACCACCACGACAUUAAAAUUAUUCUUUUGCUUUAUCAUUAUUCAUUGCAGUUCGAAGGCGGUGCAGGAAAUUCUGCUACGUGGUGACUAAAAUCCUUUCUAUAUGCAACCGGCAUUCUUUUUUUGCUUAACUUUCCGCUUUUCUCAUUUCAAUUAUAUAUAUAUGAAAAAGGUUCAUUUUUUUUUACCUUAAUAAUUUAUUUAAUUCAACAUGGUUUUACCAUUUUCUAAUCAUGACAUUUUUCAAACUUUAGUUUUUGAAAUUUUUUUCAAUUCAUGGACAAAAUAAACAUUUUGAAUGCGUUAUUUAAAAAAAAAGAAGUAAAUAACAAGGCGAAUAUAUAUCUAACGUUUAACAAUGAACAUUUUUCUGGCUUUAAUUUUUGCAUUUACUAACACAGUGUUACAGCUUUUUUUUAUUCAUGGUGCCAAGGUAUGGAACAUUUAAAGGUCCACUGCCACUGGUUACAAGUGCUGCAAAAAAAACACCUAAUUUUUUCAUGUUUUAGUUCAAAGUAUUUAUGCGCCUCAAUUUCAAACUACUUUUCAUGCUUUUUAUGUUCGUAAUUUGCUUGCUUCUUUUCCGCUUGUUUUCUUGUAUGCACACAAAACAAAAAUACGCAAAUAAAAAAAAUGAGAAAAGAAAAAUA